CCCAGUCGUUUUCCUGAUUGUUUUUCAAAAUUGGUUGUUGAAUUUUGGCAUUUAUUUUGCUUUGAAAAUUUAACGUUCGUAAAUUUCGCUAAUUAUGCAAAUUGAAAGUGGAACGAAGCUGAUGCUUUGUCAUACAAUUAAUUUGCCCGCAUUGGCAGUGGAUCAUUAUGACGAUGAAAUGAGACAGUCGCUUGCAAAAGUGUACAAAGAUUUCCUGGAGAAGCAUGGCUACUAUAAAGAGAGGCAAAUCGCAACUGGAGUCUAUGGCAAGAUAGUCACAGCCCAUUCUAUUCACCAUAAAAAAUCCGUUGCCAUCAAAAUAAUGGGCAAACUAGAAACGAGAGACGUGGAUGAUCUCUAUCGCGAAUUGUCGAUAUUGAAAGGACUCACUCAUCCGAAUGUGAUCAAAUUCUAUGAAAGUUUCGACACAAUGUUCCAACUGUACGUCGUAAUGGAAUACAUUCAGAAUGGGACUCUCGCAGGCAUCUUAGCGAAAGUGAAAUAUUUGAACGAAGCAAAAGCUCAGUUCGUUUAUUGUCAACUGAUCGAAGCGCUUGAGUAUUGCCACAGUAGGGGAGUGGUGCAUCUUGACAUCAAGAGCAACAAUUUACUGUUGGACGAAAAUUUGAAUUUGAAAAUUUGUGAUUUUGGAUCGGCUCGUGCAAAUAUGUUUGACCGAAAACAAUUCUUAACCAAUCGAUGUGCGUCUGGCGGCUAUUCUUGCUUGGAGAUACUAGUCUCUAAGCCUUAUCAACCGCAUUACGCCGACAUAUGGGUCAGUGGUGUGGUGCUGUUUGAAAUGCUAUAUGGGGUGCUACCGUUCAAAGGCAGUGGCAAUAUCGAAUUAAUCAGGCAAAUACAUAAUGGAAUUCGAUUUCCCAACGAGCCGCUGGUGAGUGGCAUGUGCAAAGAGUUAAUUAAUCGAGUUCUGGCCGAAUAUCAUUGGAGAAUCGGAAUUCUAGCCAUCAAAAAAUUGCCAUGGAUAAGUUCAAUGAUUGAUAAGAGUGGCGGGUAGAGGCUUGGUACACUUUUGAUGACAUUUCGGUUACUUUUUGAAGGUAUUUUUACGAAGAUUCAAACAAUAAAGGAAACUAA